CGACCAAGGAUGCUUUAUGCAGCAACUACACGAAAGGAAGAUCAAAACAUACAAAUACAAUAUCAGUUUAACUGAAAUAAAUUCAAUUUAGGUGUAAGCAGUAGUUCUGAUGCGCAAUUUGCGAUUGAAGCAGUCAAUUUAAGUGACCGAGAAACAACAUAACUGUCUUUUUUAAUGGCGCGCGUUAUAUGAAAUCGGAGACUGAAACAAAUAAUGAAUCGUGUGAAAUGAACAACGAUGGCAACAAUAUUUCAAUUAACGACGAGCUCAUCGCGUGAAUGCGGAAGGUUAUGUAAAUCUGUCACUCAAAAUAUUAAAAGAAAUAGAUCAAUCGGAAUACUGACAAAAAUCUGGCGCGGUUUUCAGCUGACAACUGUGUAACGGGCAACAAAGAGUGAAUGCACUGGAAGAAGAAGAAGAAUAAGCCCUACGCCGUCUGAACCUGCAGAAUAACGAGUAAAACUAUUUUGUAAUAACUUUUCCCUUUUGUACUAAAAACCGCGUUUUUCAAUUUCAAAUAUAUCUGCUGCACCAGCACACCGUGUUCUCACUUCAGACGCACUUGUCUGUCCUGACUGUUGUGUUGCUGUUUCAGGUCGCUCCUGCUCCCAAGUAAACGUCGAAAUACAACGUGCUACAACUGUUUGACAACGAACAGUUCAGGAAUCAACACUCAACCGUGUGCAUUUGGAAUCGAUCGAAACUGUGUCGGUUCUCUGUCUUGUUUGGGAAGGCUUCUCUGGGUCCUCAAGGUGGCUUUCUAAUCGUAUGAAUCUAUGUUGGCCAUGUUAUUUAAAGGACUGUGUAUCACCAAACUGGGAGCUUAAUGAAAAUUGUGCAGAGUUUUGGAAUGGAACUUCCAGAGACAGUGGCGUUGAAAUCCUGACGUACGAAAAGUUCCAGAAUUAUUCGGACGAAUUGGUAGAGUUGCUCAGAUACCACCUGAGUUUUGAGCCUGGUGAAGGCAAAUUAUCAGUUGUCGCAGUGGUCUGGGCUCCUCACAUACUAACAAAUGUUGUAAUACAUGGGAUUGUUAAAUCAGGACUUCCUUUCUUCCCUGUACUUAGCUCAUCGGCAUCCCAUGGUUUGGUGACGCUCAAAAAUCACAUUGACGCCAUUGUUUUGCUUUGCAAUUCUUCUGAACUUAUUCCUGUUGAGGGUUUCUCAAAGUACAAUAACAGUUCCACAAGUACAAUUGAUAGUUUAUUUUCAAGAGAUGAUUGGUCCUUAUAUUUACGUUCCAGUCUGCUUUUCCCGCAGCUUCAUCCUUUUCCAAGUCCGUUCAUAGAACCUAAUAAACACCUUAUAUACAUACUAACUACAUCUGGGAGUUUCAGCAAAGAACGAAAACUAGUCUGUGUGGCAGACAGUUGUUUAACAGCCAAUGUUAUUGACUUAGGUAAUCGAUUCUCUAGUGAGAAGCAUCAUGGUUAUGAGGUUAAUGGUGUUCUUCUAGCUUCACCCUUGACGUUUGAUCCAAGUAUUGUACAGAUUUACUUCGCACUGUUGACCCGUCGUACCUUAAUUAUAUGUCCCUCAUCAAUUCUCAAUGUACCCAAAACCUUAUACACGUUGUGCAUGAACGCGAAAGUCGGUUGGCUGCAAUGCACUCCAAGUCAAAUCUCUGGUCUCAAUCGACGUCUUCUUGAUAGGUUUUUGUCACAACCAAGUUUCCAUGUUUUACUUGGUGGGGAACCAUUCCCUUUAAAUGAUCUCAGGAGUUUUAAAAACCACAAAUCUGUCCUUUAUAAUAUUUAUGGUACUACAGAAGUCUCCUCGUGGGCCUCUUUGUUUAAAGUCAGUUCAUCUGACAGAUAUUGUAUCAACAAUGACAUUCACUGCGAAUGUUCGCCUCCUUUGCUUGGAUCUUCACCUCUUGGUUUUCCGAUGCUAGGAACUAGUUUCUCACUAAUACCAUCCAAUAUGGAAAAUGUCUGGGAAUUGGGACUAUCCCGUCAAUAUGGCGGGUUUUACAUAUUACGUCCCAAAGAAACAACUAUUACUAUUCAGGAAUUUUCCUACGCUCUUUCACAACUACCUUCUCAGAGUAUAUGGCCUACUUCUGAUUUAGUGCAUUACGGUCAAUGCGGGAGGUGUUUAUGGUUUCUAGGAAGAAAAGACCGUACAAUCAAACGAUUUGGAUAUCAAAUUUGUUUAGAACGUCUAGAACAUGUCAUAAAAACGUGCAAGUCGCCAAACCUCAAGAUCAGUAAUUGUAGAUGUCAGGUUUUUGAAGGAUCGACUGAUCAAAAUUCCAUCAUUUCAUUCAUUGAAAUUGAACCUCAUUCCUAUAAAUUUUCUAGAAAGCCUUCAAUAUUUCUAAGUUACAGCUACAAAAAACACACUAAAUGGUAUAUCUUAAAAAAACUAAAGUUUGUUUUCGCCCCGAACCAUCAACCCUGGCUUCCUACACACUUUGUAUUUUUUAAUCGCUCUCUACCGAUUUCAUUACACGGAAAGUUAAUGUACAGACCAUAUGAAUUCUUCAAAUCUUCAAUGUCCAUCAAGUCUAAGGUCAUUGCCAUGUGGAAUGAGUCUCUUGGGUUAAGCAGAACGACUGUAACUGAUUGGGAUGCAACAUUUAUGGAGGCUGGUGGUUCCUCUUUAAUGGCGUUGCAUCUAGUUGAAACAAUAAUCCAAGAAUUUCCAGUCUUGAUCAAUAAGAAGGAGAAUCUUGUAUCAUUAAUAUUUGCGCAUUCAUUAUCCCGUGUGUGUGAGUUCAUUUCACUAUCUUCCUCUAUUUCUAUGAAGUCCAAAACACGUUUUCCAAAAUCCAUUCCAAACAAAAAAGUCUAUCAAAGCAAAUUUGAAAAUGAAUUCCAAAUGACUGUUAAACAUAAUUACCAACAUCCAUUUGAUAUGUACACACAUGGUUCUGUAUUGAAGUUGCCUGGUUUAUUACCCCGAAUCAAAUUCAAAUUCUUGUGGCAACAUAAUCUGCAUAAGUGUGUAGAUGCCUCACCUUUAAUCCUUUCUGGUGUUCAUGGGUUUUCCAAUGGGUGCGCUUUCAUCGGAAGCCAUUCCGGUUCGAUUUCUGCUUUGUAUGUCUCGAACGGCCACACAGUAUGGCCGAACGCAACAGUGUCACUACCGGAUCGUAUCGAGGCCUCCUCUACACUUGGAUUCGCAGGUUCAAGUGCUGUACUUGUUGUCGGAUCUUUAGACGGUAGUAUUUAUGGUUUGGAUAUUGAGUGCGGAACUUCUCUGUGCUCAUAUAACACUGGGGGCGCUGUUAAGUCCCCUGGAUCGUAUGUAUAUGAUUACGGAUUUCUAGCAUGUGGCUCUCAUGGCAAACUAGUCCACGCCAUAGAUUUACGUUCCCUGAAUAUGAAACCUAUUUGGACUAAUUCUUUUGAUGGAACACCCAUUGUUUCUCCCGUUAUUGUAUCAUAUAUGUCUCAAACAAGCACACCGUAUCUUAUUAUUGCAAGUCUUGGAGGAACUAUUGGUUGUUUAGAUCCUAGAAACCCAUCACAUUUGGUUUGGAUGAGGAAUGGAAAAAUGCCCGUUUUUAGUAAACCUCUUCUAUAUAUGGACUCUAGCUACAAGGUUAAUGUUAUUAUAGCUGGAGUUGGUGGGACAAUUCGAUCAUUUUCUCUAGUGAAUGGAAAUAUUGAUUGGAGUUAUGAAUGUUCUCAAGAACUAAGUGGUCAUGCAAUAUUUUCAGAUCCUGUUCUUGAUGCACAGUCUCACAAUGUUAUUUUGAGUACUAAUAAGGGCUUCUUAUUCGCUUUGAACGUUGUAAAUGGCAAUUUAGCAUGGAUGCUCGAUUGGACAUCUGAUUUAAAUUCCAAAAACCUAUGUUCUUUAAAUACACCUUCUUUAUUACAAAGCGAUGGGCACAGUUUAUUGAUUGGAACAAGAGCAGAUGGUUUGGUUUAUGGAUGUUCAUUACCUUCGAGCCUAUCUGUCUGGCGGAAAACUCCUACUGUAUUGUCGACUUACCAUCUACCCAACCAGUGUUUCUCAUCUCCAGUUCUUUAUUCCGAAAACUCAAAUGAUGUAUAUAUUGUCACUGGAUGUAGAGAUAAUUAUGUUUACGGUUUAUCAUUGUAACUUCUUUUCCCUUUGUAGAAAUUACAUCGCCCCAACAGUUUAUACUUUUCAUUCAUAAAUUAUUUUCAGAAUAAAGAUGAUAAUGACUUUCUAGUAUUGAAUGUUUAAUAC